UUGCUAUUCCAAACAAGUUUUCAACCCAACAGCGUUAGCAUACGGGAGUGGAUGGUAGCGGAGGAUGGAAGCUUGGUUCAAUAUUUGACUGGAAUGGUCAAAAAUGCGAACCAUCCGCGCUGGAACGGCGGCAUUCGUGUUCGGUACCCGGCAACGUUUAGAGUUCUACUUGGUAGUGUAACUUUAGGCAAGUUCAGCAAAACCGAAAUGAAGAUUGUGUUCGUGUGUGGUCUUCUGAUGCUUUGUGCCCUAUCCACCAGGGCGGCACCAUGGGGUAGCUUCAAUUUCAACAUCCAGAAAAACUACGACGGACCGAACCUAACCGACAUGAUCUCGGGCCUCAUUCGUCAGAAAGUGGAAUUCAAAAAUCGGCUCUGGCAGUCUCUGAUGGAUAUUAAAAAUCGUAGCUUUAGCUACACCUACAACUCCAACGGUCACAGUAGCUGGCCGUACAAAAAGACCAUCACCAUCAACUCCAACUACGGCCCUGGCAAGGGCACUUCCAACGGGGACUGCGACAAACCGGAUGAGCAAACAACGCAGCCACCGAUUCCGGAAAAGAAAACCGCUGCCCCACUGGUCGAGCUCGAAAAGACAUUCGAGUUCAACACUUCGAAGGGAACUGGUUCAGGAACUAGUCAGUAUUUACCACCGGGCUCCGGGAGCUCCAGCAAUGGUGCCGAGGCGUCUGCCAGUUCCGACAGUGAAUUCGUUGACAUCAGUGAGUUACAGAGACAGAACAGUGUUUGAUUGGAGGAAUCAAUGAACUCAAGUACGCGAGAGAGAUUGACUGAACUGUAUUUUUCGUGGUGGUGCUUUACAGGAUGUUGCAUUAUUAUGUGAUUUAUACAGGAUUCUGCAAUAAAAUUUGGAAUGGAA